UCGUGCCCUUGUAGGAAAAAAAUGACGGGUGUAAGAUCAUAAAACCAACUUCUCUGCAAGAGCUUCUACGUCGCCCGAGGCUUCCCGAAGCCACUGCCCCAUUCCUCCCUCGGUUGCUCCUCUUCGAUUCUGCUCUCCCAUUCCCUCUCCCUGAGAGGGAAAGAAAAAAGUUUUGCGGUAGCGAACGGGAAAUUGGUUCAAGAUGGUCAUCUCGCGUUAUCUACGUUCACAAUCAACAGCGGUCUCAAAACUGAGCAAUUUGAGAAGUUCAUAUAGAACCAGUAGAUUACUAUCAGCAGGUCCUGACAAUGUACAAGAGUCGGUCAAAGUUCAGGAAGCAGAAACUAUAAAUAUGCCACCGCCUGCAACAGAAAAGUUACUUGUGUUGGGUGGAAGUGGAUUUGUUGGUUCACAUGUCUGCAAGGAAGCUCUAGGAAGGGGCUUGUCUGUAUGUAGUCUCAACAGGUCUGGAAAGACAUCUGUACGUGGUGCUUGGGCAGACAAUAUGACAUGGUUCCAAGGAGACCUGCUUGUACCCGACUCACUUAAGGAUGCCUUUGAUGGAGUUACUGCUGUGGUAUCUUGUGUUGGAGGCUUUGGCUCAAACUCUCAUAUGUAUAAAAUCAAUGGAACUGCAAAUAUUAAUGCUAUUAGAGCUGCAUCAGAAAAUGGUGUAAAAAGAUUUGUCUACAUCUCAGCUGCUGAUUUUGGUUUGGCGAAAUAUUUGCUGCGAGGAUAUUACGAAGGAAAGAAAGCAGCUGAAGCAGAACUACUUGCAAAAUUUCCAUAUGGAGGGGUAAUUCUCAGGCCAGGAUUCAUACAUGGUACUCGACAGGUCGGUGGCAUGAAACUGCCUCUGGGAAUUAUUGGUUCACCAAUGGAAAUGGUUCUUCAACAUGCAAAACCACUCACUCAACUUCCCCUUGUGGGGCCAGUUUUCCUGCCUCCAGUGAAUGUGACCUCUGUUGCAAAGGUUGCAGUGAGAGGUGCGACUGACCCUGCUUUUCCUCCUGGCGUUGUUGAUGUGUUCAGUAUUCUGCGCUAUGGGCAAUAAGUGGGGUGUACAUCUUUGUUCACUUUUGAAAGUGAGAGCAGCUAUGCUGACAUUCCCUUGUAAUGCCUCUCUUUUUGAGCGAUCAGUUUAGAAAUAAAAGCAUCAAUUGCAUCGGUCUCUGAAAAUGCUCACAUAUGUUGUACAUGGUCGCUGACGUGUUCCGGUGUAAUUGAUUGCUGUCUGAAAUCAAAAUAUCAUUUUCAA